AUGACUGAACGUACUCCACUGCUGCAUUAUCGGCUAUCCAUUAGCGUCCAGGAGUCAGAUACACUGCCUGCCCUAGAGAAAUCUCCGGCGGUCGCUCGCCGGAAAAUGGCUAACGACAAGCCGCAGAAGCUCUCCACCUUCUUUGGUGUGGUGAUACCCACUUUGCUCUCCAUGUUUAGCGUCGUUGUCUUUCUCAGAAUUGGCUUCGUGGUGGGACAGGCUGGGCUGUACCAGGGCAUCGGCAUGUUCCUCAUCGCCUAUUUCAUCAUCAGCAUGACCGUUCUGUCCAUCUGUGCCAUCUCCACCAAUGGAGCCCUGGAUGCUGGUGGAGCGUACUACAUGAUCAGCCGGGCCCUCGGACCCGAGGUCGGGGGCAGCAUUGGGAUCAUGUUCUUCUUCGCCAACGUGUGCGGGAGCGCCCUCUACGUGCUCGGCCUAGUGGAGGCCAUCGUUGCGUCUUUCGGCAUUCCAGAAGAUGGGACGGUGGCCAUGGUGGGGGCCCAGCGGAUCCUGCCGUCGGGGUACUGGUGGUCCAUUCUGUACGGGACUGGUAUACUGCUGCUCUGCCUGCUGGUGUGCCUGGUGGGCGCCCACAUCUACUCUAGGGCCACCUUCCUCAUCUUCCUCAUCGUCAUGGUGGUGCUGGGCAUCAUCUUUGUCAGUUUCUUCGCUGUGGCACCCAGGGUGGUGCUCUUGCCCCUGGCCCUGCCCAACUCCUCAGGACCAAUCAGUGGCAACUUCACCGGGUUCAAGCUGGACACGCUGCUAGGCAACCUGGAGGCUGGUUACACGGUGGACUACACCACAGGCAACAUGAUGAACUUUGCCACAGUCUUUGCGGUCUUAUUUAACGGCUGUACUGGAAUCAUGGCUGGAUCCAACAUGUCAGGUGACCUGAAGAGCCCCAGCUACUCCAUUCCCCGUGGAACCAUCACCGCCGUCAUCUUCACCUUCAUCAUCUAUAACCUGCUGAGCCUGCUGGUGGCGUGCUCCUGUGACCGGGUCCUGCUGCAGAGGGAUUACAGCUUCCUGCGCGACAUCAACAUCUGGCGUCCCUUCGUGACCAUCGGCGUGUACUCCUCCACCCUCUCCGCUGCCAUGAGCAACCUGAUCGGGGCGUCCCGCAUCCUGUACGCCCUGGCGCGGGACGACAUGUUCGGCAGGGUGCUGUCCCUGGCGAAGAGGACGUCCCUGAGCGGGAACCCCUGGGUGUCGGUGCUCAUUUCCUGGUUUCUGGUGCAGCUGGUUCUGUUUGCUGGGAAGCUGAACACCAUCGCCAGCAUUGUGACAAUCUUCUUCCUGCUGGUCUACGCAGCCGUUGACCUGGCCUGCCUGGCUCUCGAGUGGGCCUCUGCUCCCAACUUCAGGCCGACAUUCAGGUAUUUCACCUGGCACACCUGCGUGCUGGGCAUUGUGGGAUGCGUGGUGAUGAUGUUCCUGAUCAACGCCAUCUACGCCUCGGCCAGCAUCGCCUUCAUGCUGCUCCUGUUGCUGAUGAUCCACUACCUGUCCCCCACCAGCAGCUGGGGCUACAUCAGCCAGGCCCUCAUCUUCCACCAGGUGCGCAAGUACCUGCUGAUGCUGGACGUGCGGAAGGACCACGUGAAGUUCUGGCGACCGCAGGUGCUGCUGAUGGUGGCCAACCCCCGCAGCAGCACCGGCCUCAUCACCUUCAUCAACGACAUCAAGAAGAGCGGGCUCUACGUGCUGGGGCACGUGGAGCUGGGAGACCUGGAUACCCUCCCCUCCGACCCGCUGCAGUCGCGCUACGAUUCUUGGCUCUCGCUGGUCGACCGACUCAACGUCAAGGCCUUCGUCAACCUCACGCUGUCCGACUCCGUCCGACACGGCGUUCAGCACCUGCUGUUCAUCUCUGGCCUGGGUGGGAUGAAGCCCAACACCCUGGUUCUGGGCUUCUAUGACGACUGCCCCCCUCAGGACAGCCUGCUGGACCACGCCCUGCCGGCAGGCGGCUCCACGGACACCCCGCACCCGCCCAAGGACCCCGAGGAGCCGCUGUCCUUCCACUUCCCGGCGCUGCGGGACAAGGGCGGGGCCGGCGCCGGCGGGCGGGCCCUGGGGCCGCAGGAGUACGUCGCCGUCAUCGCCGACGCGGUGAAGAUGCUGAAGAACGUGGCGCUGGCCCGCUACUUCUGCCGCUUCGACCGGGCGGCGGUGCUGGGCCGGCGUGGCGGAGGGGCGGGGCUCCACGUGGACGUGUGGCCGCUCAACCUGCUCCGCCCGGACAGCAGCAGCUACGUGGACACCUGCAGCCUCUUCCUGCUGCAGCUGGCCUGCGUGCUCAACAUGGUGCGGGCGUGGCGCGGGGCCAGACUCCGCCUCUUCCUGUGCGUGGAGGAGGGGCGGAGCCCGCCGGGCCCGGAGGGGAAGCUCCAGCAGCUGCUGCGCGAUCUGCGGAUCCAGGCGGACAUCCACACGGUGCCCUGGGACCGGGUGGUGGCGCUGCACUGGCAGAGGCAGCGCCGGGGCGGGCGGGCGCCCGAGGAAGAGGAGGAGCACUACGACGACGAGGAGGAAGAGGCGGACGUCCUGGGCAGCUACGCGGGCGGUUUCCCCAGCAACGCCGCCCAGCUGACGGACGAGUACCUGCAGGCGGUGAACCAGCUGGUUUUGGGACAGGCCCACCCGCCCCCUGCCGUGCGCUUCCUCUACCUGCCCCGCCCGCCCGCCGACACCCGCAGGUACCCCGCCUAUCUGCGCCAGCUGGACCUGCUGACCCGGGACCUGGGCCCCACCCUGCUCAUCCACGGGGUCACUCCAGUCAUCACCACUGACCUUUGACCUCCCACCCCCGGCCGAGGCAUUUGGAAAGAUAAAAUGUGGGUGGUGAGAUCGGUGUUGGUCCUAUUGACAGUGCUGCAACUCGCACUAGUGACAUGGUAAGGGAAGAUUGCUUGUAUACCAUGUAUGUACGAUGU